AAUGUAUUUUGUUUCUAGGCAAUAGUAUAUGAAGGCCAAGACAAGAACCCAGAAAUGUGCAGAGUUCUGCUCACGCAUGAAAUAAUGUGCAGCCGCUGUUGUGACAAGAAAAGCUGUGGCAACAGAAAUGAGACUCCAUCAGAUCCAGUGAUAAUUGACAGGUUCUUCUUGAAAUUUUUCCUCAAAUGUAACCAGAAUUGCCUAAAAAAUGCAGGAAACCCUCGGGACAUGCGGAGAUUUCAGGUCGUGGUGUCUACAACAGUCAACGUUGACGGCCAUGUGUUGGCAGUGUCGGACAACAUGUUUGUACACAACAACUCCAAGCACGGGCGCCGGGCUAGAAGGCUUGAUCCCUCGGAAGGUACGCCUUCUUAUCUGGAACAUGCAGCUACACCAUGUAUCAAAGCCAUCAGUCCAAGUGAAGGAUGGACUACAGGAGGUGCCACUGUCAUCAUCAUAGGAGACAAUUUCUUUGAUGGGUUACAGGUCAUAUUCGGCACCAUGCUGGUUUGGAGUGAGCUGAUUACUCCUCAUGCAAUCCGAGUUCAGACGCCUCCCCGACACAUCCCUGGUGUGGUAGAAGUCACAUUGUCCUACAAAUCGAAGCAGUUCUGCAAGGGAACGCCUGGGAGGUUCAUUUACACCGCUCUGAACGAACCCACCAUUGACUACGGCUUCCAGAGGUUACAGAAGGUUAUUCCACGACACCCCGGUGAUCCCGAGCGCUUGCCAAAGGAAGUAAUAUUGAAGAGAGCGGCUGAUUUGGUAGAAGCUCUCUAUGGUAUGCCACAUAAUAACCAGGAAAUAAUCCUGAAAAGAGCAGCAGAUAUUGCAGAAGCACUGUACAGUGUUCCCCGCAAUCACAACCAGCUCCCAGCACUUGCUAACACGUCCGUCCAUGCAGGGAUGAUGGGAGUGAAUUCCUUCAGUGGUCAGCUAGCCGUCAACGUCUCCGAAGCCUCGCAGGCCACCAGUCAGGGUUUUACUCGCAACUCGAGCAGCGUGUCACCGCACGGGUACGUGCCAAGCACCACCCCUCAGCAGACAAACUACAACUCGGUCACCACGAGCAUGAAUGGCUACGGGAAUGCCGGAAUGUCAAAUUUAGGCGGUUCUCCAACCUUCCUGAAUGGGUCUGCUGCCAACUCUCCCUACGCCAUUGUGCCGUCCAGUCCAACCAUGGCUUCCUCCACUAGCCUCCCCUCCAACUGUAGCAGUUCCUCUGGGAUCUUCUCCUUCUCACCAGCCAACAUGGUCUCAGCGGUGAAACAGAAGAGCGCUUUCGCCCCUGUCGUGAGACCACAAACUUCCCCUCCUCCCACCUGCACCAGCACCAAUGGGAAUAGCCUGCAAGACCAGUCUUUUGUGGACUCUAGCAAGUACUCCAAUGCAGGGUCUCUCCAGGGGCUGGCCUUCUCCUGAACUAUAUCUGGCAUGAUUGUUCCUCCCAUGUGAAAGAAUUGCCUUGAAGAAUUUUAUUAAUGAAGAGGUUGGAUUCUGCUUCAGAGAGAAAUCUGAUACAAGUCCCCGAGUGGAACUUUUUACUCAGGCCUUUUUAAAAAAAAAAAAAGAAAAGAAAGAGGAAUCUUACAAUAACUGCAGAUUUUUAAACAAAACAAAACAAAAAUCACCAUCCUUGCAAACCCUGAAAUUAGUAAAGAAUCUGCAAUUGCAAGGUGUUGAUUCCAGUUGUCCAUCCCAAGUACUUGGGAGAGCUAUUUAUUCUGUGUUGAUGGAAACAAAAAUCCACUUUUUGGUUUUGUUUUUUGUUUUUCAAGCUUGAUUUAAGUCAACAGCCAUUUGUCUUUUAUAAAUCACACCAUUACAAAGGGCCACUAGAGAUGAAACUCCAGGUUUUUAAUUUAUGACUUUUUUUGUUUUCAAGCUGUGGAAAGGGGAAACGAAGUGGUAACAUUUACAACAACUCUGUAUGGGACAGCAUAGAAGUGCCAGUUAGUUUUCUUAGAGGAGUAAUGGCUAUUUAACGAGGGGUCGGCUCGUACCGGUGGCUCAUCCAGGGGCGGCUUGCUAACGGGAUACAUUUUUCACUCUGAGAUACCGUUCGCCAGGUAUCCGGUCAGGUGGGGCAAGGGGGAAAAAUUGUAAUCUCUGUCUUUCAUAUUGUAAAUAAUGUGACAAGCAACGUUGGGGAAAGCCUAGCCAAGGACGUGAAUAGCAAAAGCAAUCCCCUUCAGACCCUGAAACCCAGUGCCUCUGGAUAUAAUGCUAAAGCUGCAGAAUUAAACACGCAUGCUCUCCAUUUAGCUUAUAUCAGGAUCUGUCCAAAUGAGCGGCCUCCUUUGAGUUUAGCGUAACCUGAACUGCGCAUCCCGAUCCCGCCUCAUCUUUGCAUAGCAAGCUGAAGACACGGACUCGGGCCAUCCUUGCAUUUGGGCGUUUUCGGACUCGUUUUCCUUUUGCUGUAGCCCGGUGGUUUGUCUGGGGCAAAACGCGGGUCAGCUCGCCUGCGACCCCGCGUUCCCAUAAAGGCUCCAGAAGCUCGCGCCUCCUCGACGGCCUCCCGCUAGGAUCCUUGCCGUAUCAGUCGACCCGCUCAGUUUGUAACAUAAUCUAUUAAGCAACAGGUAACUGCUUUUGAACAGUCAGUGAAUUGAACAUGAAUUUGGGGGGCAGAGGGGGCUCUUAGGAAGGUCUCAAGUCAAAACCAUAAAUACAGGAAUUUUGCUAUCAUUAUCUGGGAAGUGUUCUUAAAAAAUAUUAGUCAACGAGGCAGCAAAGCUCUGAAGAUGCAUUACCUGAUAUUUUUUUCUUUGCUGUUGUGUUUUGUAUGUAGUUAUAAAUAAUGUAGAUUUUUUGUGAUUUUUUGCCAAAGUUGUUGUUCUAUUUAUACAUUUUAAUGUCUUAAGACAGUUUUUCAAUAUCACAAAAAAAAAAAAGAAUUUUACUGCAUAUUUUGCAAAAAGAGCUCACUACCUUUAGCUUGCACAUACUUGCAAAAUUAAUUAAAGAAAAAAAAAGCUUUUUUUGUUUUGUUUUGUUUUGUUUUUUUGUUUUAAAGGGGAUUUUGUAAAAUAUCCAUAUAAAUAAUGUAUUUAUCUUUGGAAUUUGUACAUUGCUUUUUUUCCCAUCCCCAGUUUAUUUUAUUGUGUAUGUUUGCUAUGUGAAAAGUGCUGAUUUGUUUGGUCGCUCACCGUUGUAUUAGCUGUUUAAAUGUGAUUUUAAAACAUUUCAUUUCUAGGUUUUUUUGGGGUUUUUUUUUAGUAUUGUUUUAAAACCAUGCUUCCAUUUUUUUAUUUCCACCCAAAAGCCAUUGUCUAUUUUUGUAUUAUUUGUAAGUUAAGAAGUUUUUUCCAAUAUACGGCAAAAAGUAGCAUAUUAUUCUUGUAGCAUUUAGUUAUGUAGAUUUUAAAAAUGUAUCCUUUGCUUUUGAGGCUUAACAAAAACUAAUGCUGUUUUACUCUUAAUAUGCAUGGGAUCUCUCCUCUUUGGAGUGACGCAUUUUUGUGCAUUAAAUAUGGGGAGAAACUUCAUAAAACUCAAUGAAAAUACUUUCUUUCUUAAGUCUGCUUGUAUAUUUCUCUGUCUUUCACAUAAAUAUAAACCAGCAGAUUGGAUGCCUUAACAAUGCAAAUCAUAUUCAUUUCACUUGUACAUUGUACUGUGCACCAGAACUGUCAGCCAUCACUAACAUUCUAAGAAAAAAAGGAUUUGAAAAGCACAAAAGAACUGUUUUGUUACCUUAAGACAAUAUAACUUUUUUCUAGUCGAGCAAGAAAUCAUUUACAACGAUGCUGCAACUGUGCAUGCUUCCUGUAUGAAUUUUGCAAUGGUUUUCACUAGAAUGUCACAGUGUGAUCUUUUUUCGGGGAAGGGAAGAAAACAACUUUUCUUUUUUCGUGGCGAGAAAAUUAAAGGGGAAAAACAAAACAAAACUGGAAAAAUGUGAGAGACAUCAGUGUAUUGCUUCUCUGUAUUCCAAACAGUUAUUCUAAUUCACAUAGUAAGCAACCGCACGGCAAUGUAAUCAAAUUUAAAGCCAUAUUUUGUCCAGUGACGCCCUUGAUUGCUCUGGUAGGAUCCAUUCUAAGUUGUAGCUGUUUAGACACCCACGUUAGCCAUCCACAUUCGUAGCCCUUUACUUCAAAGUCCAAAGAUCCUUUGACAAUGUGUAUAAUUUGUUUUGUCGCAGCUAUUUAUAGUGAUCUGAUAAAAGGGAAUUUAUAAAAAAAAAAAAUCCCCCUGCAAAAGGCCCUCGAUCUUUUACAAAGUAAAAGAUGCCGCUCUUUACAGAAUAUGGCUUUAAGUGGAAACGUUCAAGAUUUCAGUUUUAAAAGGUGAAGCUUCACAAUGACUGGAGUGCAUAAACUAGACCUAUUUCCUCACAGUUGUACUAGGAUGCAGCUAAAAUGAAGUCAUCUCUGAAACUGCUAACCUUUCACCUUCUUAUCUAAAUCUUUUUGAAUAGACACACACACUGUACAGUUCUAUUGUUAGAGAAACUAACUACUGUAGAGAUUGUUAUAAUUUUUUUGCAGAAAUUCAAGCUGUAAAAACUUUUCAACUUUCACAAUAUUUAAUUAAAGUUACUUCCUGUCUGUGAAUACA